AUGUCUAUAGUUACAAGCACAACCAAGCAGCCAGCAGGGCUAUCUAACACCGCACAAAGCUUGGGUAUUCACGUGGAUAGUACAAAUGAUGUACCUUCUGAUUUUAAGGGUGCGUCAAGUGCUGCUUCUUACGGGUCUAGUAAAAGGCCUAACGAGGAGGCUAUGAGGGUAGUACUCCGACUGAGACCUCCGAGCGAGAAGGAGAAGAGAGAGGGUGACGGUUGUGGUUUUCGCAUAGUCAGCCCAACUGUUGUAGAACUACCUAGUCAACGAGCAGGGCAAGGUGCACAACGCUACAA